UCCACCUCAUCCAGCUUUUGAGAUAGCAGCUUGCAUUUUAUUGCUACUCUUUCUCACUAUAUUGAGUGGUAUACAAGGCCGUGAUACAUUUCCAUCUGGCUGUCACCUUUGUCCAGGCUAAAAGCCCCCGCCUGCAUUACCCCGCCAUUGGGUUCUACCUCUCGCUCCACUCGAAUUUAUCGCUUUGAUCAGCAAUUAUUGCACCCACCCCGUGCGACCAUGGCCUCCGAUCUAGACCAGCUCAUUGAGAUGGGCUUUGACAAGGAGCGAGCACAGCUUGCAGUCGCCAAAGGCACCGGAUUGCAGGGUGCUCUAGAAUGGCUCGAAAAGAACCAAGACAAAUCGAUUGAUGAAAUCAAGGAAGAUGAGGAGGCAGAAGGUCCUGCACUCGCGCCUGGUGAAGAGGCUCGCAGUCUAGUCUGCAACGAGUGCGGCAAGAAAUUCCGCAGCCACGCCCAAGCUGAAUUUCACGCUUCGAAAUCCCAACAUACCGACUUCUCUGAGUCAACGGAGGAGCUUGCGCCGCUGACUGAUGAGCAACGGCAAGCGAGACUCCAGGAGCUCAGAGAAAGGCUGGCCGCCAAGCGAGCGGUGCAGUCUGAGCAGGAUAAGGUUGACCAGAAGAGGAACGAGGAAAUCCGGCGGAAAGCUAACAAGGAUUCACAAGACGUCAAGGAGGAGCUGGAGAGGAAACAAAGGCUGAAGGAAGCGGAACAAAAGAAGAAGGAUAAGAUGGCAGACAUCGAAGCUAAGCAGCGGGUCAAAGCCAGGAUUGAGGCGGACAAACAAGAGCGCCGACUCCGGGCUGAGCGAGAGAAAGCCGAGCGAGCUGGUGUAGCACCUCCUGCGCAACCAGCCCCAGCCCCAGCAGCCACGACAUCCGGCCCGGUCGCCUCGAAGCCUGCAUCGGCCUACACGGAAACUCGUCUGCGGUUCCAAACGGCCAAAGGCAAUAUCAUGAAGACGGUUCCAGUGACAACUACCUUGUUCGAAGUUGCCGCGGCUCUCAAGCAGGAGGAUGGAGUUGAGGUACAGAGCUUCGUUCAGAACUUCCCUCGCAAAGUAUUCAAUGCGGAGUUCUUUGGCGAAUCCUUGAAGGAUUUGGGACUUACCCCGAGCGCGAGUCUUGUGAUUCAGUGAUUUGAAGGGUUUCGGUCUGGUUUAUAUUCUCUUGCUACCUAAAUUCUCCGAUAGAAACACACAUUGAAGGCAGGAGAGAUGGAAUCAAAUGACAGCAAAGUGAUAGUAAUCUGGCUGCGUCGGAGCGUUAGUGUGGCAAAGCCGAAGGCUGCCUAAUGCUGCCUGCCUCUCUAUAAUUUCAAACGACAUUUC